CCCGGGCCGGCCGCGCCUCUUAAAGGCCCCGGCCCCCGCCCCGCCUUUGGCCCCGCGCCCGGCCGCCCCGCAGUCCCGAGCGCUCGGCGGGAGGCCCGAGGCUGCCGGUUUCCGGCCGACCCAGGAGCAAGCCACAGAAGGGUUCUGGAAGCCACAAGCCAUGGCCGUGGGGAACAUCAACGAGCUGCCAGAGAACAUCCUGCUGGAGCUGUUCACACACGUGCCCGCCCACCAGCUGCUGCUGCGCUGCCGCCUGGUCUGCAGCCUCUGGCGAGACCUCAUCGACCUCGUGACCCUGUGGAAGUGCAAGUGCCUGCGCGAGGGCUUCAUCACCGAGGACUGGGACCAGCCGGUGGCCGACUGGAAGGUGUUCUACUUCCUGUGCACUCUCCGCAGGAACCUGCUGCACAACCCAUGUGCUGAAGAGGGGUUCGAGUUCUGGAACCUGGAUGUGAAUGGAGGUGAUGAGUGGAAGGUGGAGGAUCUUUCCAGAGACCAGAGGAAGGAAUUCCCCAAUGGCCAGGUCAAGAAAUACUUCGUGACUUCCUAUUACACCUGCCUCAAGUCCCAGGUGGUGGACCUCAAGGCCGAAGGGUAUUGGGACGAGCUGAUGGACAGCACACGGCCGGACAUCGAGGUCAAGGACUGGUUUGCAGCCAGGCCGGACUGUGGGUCCAAGUACCAGCUGUGCGUUCAGCUCCUGUCGUCCGCGCACACUCCUCUGGGAACCUUCCAGCCAGACCCGGCGACGAUCCAGCAGAAGAGUGAUGCCAAGUGGAGGGAGGUCUCCCACACGUUCUCCAACUACCCGCCCGGCGUCCGCUACAUCUGGUUUCAGCACGGCAGUGUGGACACUCACUCCUGGGCCGGGUGGUACGGCCCGAGGGUCACCAACAGCAGCAUCACCAUCCAGCCCCCGCUGCCCUGACGCCACCAGGCCCCCAUCUGCCAAAUCCUAAACGGUCAACUGCUGUCAGAGAGGGGCAGGGCUUGGGGAGGGGAGGUGGGGGCCAGGCUCCCCCAAGCCCCAUAGUUCACCCUUGACCCCUGGUCGCCUCUUCCUUGCAGAGCCUCUUGGUUGGUGCCGCCCUCUCAUCCUGUGGAGGGCCAGCUGUCCCCGCUGAUGGUAGGGGAGGUCUGCUGGGCCCCUUUAACAGAUAGGGCCCCUGGGGUUAGCGAGGUCCAGGGUCUUCCCCCAGACUCCUCUGAGAGGGGAUCUCUAAGCUCAGAUGCCAACCUGGAUCUGCAUCUCUCUCUUCCCUCCUGGGGCCUUUCUCCCUUUCUCUGGGGGUGCCCUUGGAGCAGGGACCAACAGGAAGUCUGGCCGGCUCCAUACCAUCCUGGGUAGUGCAGACACUGUGAGGUGACCUUGUAACUCAGAUAGAUCUGGGAGACUGUGAGGUGACCUUGUAACUCAGAUAGAUCUGGGAAGUAGAGGGAGCGCCCUGUCCUCUGCCACAUUCUGCUGUUUGUAAGCAUUCUUGUUCUACCGAGAAGAGGUGGCUUUUGCAUGGAGGCUCAGGCUUUGUCUGAGAUAGGCUGGCCCCGGGUGUGGUGGGGACCGUCCUCACUGUCAUGACGCCCCAGAAGCCAGGUGGGCACCAGGUGGGAAUUGGGCUUCCCAGAGGACCUAUGGACCCCUGCCCAGGGCAACCCUCAGCAGGUAGAGGGCAGCAUUGCGCCCUGAUUCCGAGAGCUGCAUGGAUGAGCCCUGGCUGAGUAGGGCGAGGGGUUGCCAAGGACUAUCAGUCCACCUGUAGACCCAGGCCAGGCUACCUGCGGCCUGAAGAAUGUUCCAAGCCCCCACCCCACCCCUGGAACUUCCAUUCCCAGGACCUUCCCACUUCCUCUCCCUCCCACUGGAAGGACAGCAGUGUCCUCCUGAUCCCACCCCUGCUGCUGCGUGUAGCCAAAUAAAAGGUGUUCCCAGUCCAAA